AUGUCUGAUCCUUUUGCCAAUUUGCUAAGUAGCUUUAAGGGAGACACUCCAAACUCUACCAGUGCCAGCAUAUCUAAGAAUGCUUCAUUGGAUGUAUUGGCUUCACAGAGGAGAGCACAAUCAGAUUUAUCUAGUUUGUCAGCAAAAUUAACUCCUUCAUUAAAGACAAAUAGCGAUACACAACGUGUUUUAAAUACUACUCAUACUAAUUCAUCUCCCAUAUAUACUAGUAAUAUCAUUAGCACUUCUACCGCUACAACCUCUGCCUCUAUAAAUAUUACAUCUAAUUCCAAUGCUACUACCACAACUUCAAAUAGGAGUAAGUCAACUUUAGAUGAUUUUGAGGACCUCUUUGGGAAAAUUGAUCAACGCCAAGCUUUACGAACUGAGAAAAUACCUUCAACUGCUCCUGAUUCUAUGGAUGAGCUUGAUAGAGCUAUGAAUACUUUUAAUUCCAAUACUCCUUCUGUUACUAAAAAUGGCUCGAAAUCCAAUUACUUUCCUCCAAUGACAACAGAAAAAAAUACAAGUUUGUUAGAAGGAUUUGAUGAUAAACCUACUAUCGACACUCAUAAUAACACUCAGAACUCUAAUAUUCAAUUACCUUUAAGUGAUGAUAAUUUGGAUAUGGAAGACCAGCAAUCCGUUGUUGACGAAGUCAAAGAUAUGGAGAUUGCCAAAUUGAUGUCUUUAGGCCUUUCUAUUGACAAAGCUCAUAUGUAUUAUAAUAAAGGAUACUUAUCUGAUGAUGUAUUAAGGAAAAUGCAAGCUCAAAAACAUAAAAGGCAAUCUAAUUAUUCUACUAAAUAUGAUGAUACUAAAAUAAGAAAUUCUCUCGAUAAAUUAAAUAAUUCUGCUUCUCCGCCAGGUAACAAUGUUUUGUUCUCUAUUGCAUCGGAUUUCCUUAAUAAAGGUAAAGGUAUUGUAGACCAAUUCUCUACAUAUCAUGAAGAAGAUUAUAGGCCCUUUAGAAGCACCAAUUUUUCUUCACGGAAUAAUUCAAUACAUAGUGAGAAACAUAAAUCUCCUGAUACUACACCUAUAUCAGUUUAUGAAAAUGACCAUGCUCCAUUAACUGAAUAUGAAAAUGGUAAAGUGCCAAUCUUACGCCGUAAAGAAGUAAAGGAUACGAAGAAUAACGAAAAGCUGAGCAAAAAUGGAUACCCAUCAAGGUCAAAUAGAAAAUUCAUGGAUGCUACUCAAUAUACUACAGACUAUUCUACUACUGAAGGUAAAAAUUACUCUAAAAGGGAUUCAAAUGUAAGGGUGUCUUCUCCAGUUCCAUCUUCAACAUCUGGAACUUCAUUAUCAUCUAGAUUUUCUCCCAAUACCCUCAAUAUUGUACAAACUCAAACAUCACCAAUUUCAUUACCUCAUACUAAUGUCAUCGAGGGGGAUUUAUUGGGAGACUUCGGUUCUAACUUAAAAAAUCACAAUGAAUCAUUAGUAUCUCAUGGCUCACAAGAAUCGAGUAUUUUAUUUGAUUUUGAUAGUGACUCAGUUACUUCCAUGCAUAUUAAACAAAAUAAUUCGGCAACUAGUAAAAACAUAGUGACUGCAAAAGCAGAUGAAAAAGAUUUAGUAAAUACGUUACCAAUUGUUAAAGUCCCAAUCUCAACCAUUGAAUUAUCAGGUUAUACUGAAUUUAGAGCAAAUGGUACAGAGUUUUUCAAGAAAGGUGAUUAUGAUUCUGCUUUAUCAGAAUACAAAAAAUCUUUAAAUACUUUACCACAAAAGCAUCCACUUCGCCUUAUAUCAUAUUCAAACAUUUUAGCAGCUCAAUUAAAGGUUGGAGAAUAUUCACAAUCAGUCAAGGAUUGUGAUGUUGCAUUAGAAUUAUUCCCAAAAAAUGAUAAACAAUGGACCCAAUUCAUUCAAGAUAGUGACCCACAAAAGACUUACAAAGAAAUCUGGCCUAAGAUUGUUUUACGUAAGGCUGAAGCCUGUGAACAUAUGGAAAAAUACCAAAUUGCAUAUGAUAGUUAUCAACUUUUAUUGCAUAAGAAUGUUUUUAAUGAUAAGAUUAUGGCUGGUAAGAGAAGAUGCCAAAAAGUAUUAAAUCCUGAAACUCCAAAACUUAAAUCUUCAGCUAAUACUAGUAGAAUAUCAUCCGCAAAACAAUCGACUGCAUCUACUAGUUCCAUAAACGUAAAUAAAAAUGUGGAAAGAUUAAAAGAAACACGUAAGAAGGAACGUGAAGAAGAAGAAGAAAGAUUAAGAUUACUAGAUAGUGUUAAUGCUAAAAUCCAAAAAUGGACAAAUAAUAAAGAAGAUGAUAUUCGUUAUUUAUUGUCUAAUGUGCAUAUUGUGUUAACUUGGAGCAAUUGGAAAGCUAUUAAUGCUUCUGAUCUAGUAAUGCCAAAAAAGGUUAAAGUAAAUUAUAUGAAAGCUGUAGCUAAGACUCACCCAGAUAAAAUAUCUAAAGAUCUAUCCAUUGAAAAUAAAAUGAUCGCUGAAAGUAUUUUCAGUAUCCUGAGCGUGGCAUGGGAAAAAUUUAAAACUGCAAAUAAAAUGAAUUCAUAA